GAAGGUGAAGGGCAAGAAAGUAGAUGGAGAAAUUCAUGGCUGGACAGAAGGACUGAGAAGGGCCACGUUUUGAGAGAAGAAGGACAAUUUGAAGAGACAAACUGGAGGAAGAAGAACGAUAAGUCUCCAGUUUUAAGGAGAAAGAGAAGUGUUGAGUAAAAUGUGACUGUGAAGGAGAGUAGAUUAACGGAGAAGUUGGUGCAAGUGUUGGAUGGCGUAUGUGGAGAACAGGGAGGACAGCUAAUGUGACUUUGGGGAACCAAGAAGGUGACCUGGAGGAAGAGGAGCAGCAGAUCGACAAAUUCUGUGGUGGAGGAGUAAAUCUGGUCCUGAUGAUGGGCUGCUGCCUCUUUGUUUACUAUCGGAAGAAGAGAAAGCAGACCAGCAGAGAUGCAGACGCCCUCAGCCUCUGCAGUCUGGACAUCAAUGAACCGGGCAGCAAGCGCAGUAAACCUGUUCCCCGGGUGGCGGCGCUGGCGAGCCUGCUGCCUCCGGUCAGAGCCACGUCGCUGAAGAGGAUCGGCCAAACUCUGCAGCGCUCUGUCAGUUUCCGUAAUGAGAGUCGAGCUUCAACUCUUCCAAAUCCUCCUCCUCUUCCUCCUCCUUCCUCUUCCACGAUGAUGACGCGUGUCGUUUCCGCGACCGUCUCCAGCCCUCCGUCCUGCUUGACCAUGUCGCGGGUUUCCACGGCAACAGGCCCCGCCUCCAAGCGCCGCGACAGCAAGUUGUGGAGCGAGACGUUCGACAUCCGAGUCGGAGCGACUCUGAGUCCAAAGGAGAUAAAAAGACAAGAGGCCAUUUUUGAGUUGGCUCAAGGAGAACAAGACUUGGUGGAAGAUCUUAAGUUGGCCAAAAAGGCGUACCACGACCCGAUGCUGAAGCUGUCCAUCAUGACUGAGCAGGAACUGAACCAGAUCUUUGGUACUCUGGACUCACUCAUUCCUCUGCAUGAAGACUUGCUGAGUCGGCUACGAGACGCCAGAAAACCCGACGGAACCACGGAAAAUAUCGGCCACAUCCUGACCGGCUGGCUGCCUUGUCUCUCCUCCUACACGCCGUACUGCAGCAACCAGGUGCAGGCCAAGGCCCUGCUGGACCAGAAGAAGCAGGACCGGCGGGUCCAGGACUUCUUGCAGCGCUGCCUGCAGUCUCCGUUCAGCAGGAAGUUGGACCUGUGGAACUUCCUGGACAUCCCUCGCAGCCGGCUGGUGAAGUACCCGCUGCUGCUCAGAGAGAUCCUGAAGCACACGCCCAACGACCACCUGGACCGGCAGCACCUGGAGGAGGCGAUGCUGAUGGUGCAGAGUGUGGUGGCGGACAUCAACAGGCGGACCGGAGAGUCGGAGUGUCAGCACUAUAAGGACCGCCUGCUGUACUCAGAUGAAGGACGGCGGGACGAAUUGAUCGACGGAUCCAAGACGCUCAGCUGCCACGGAGAGCUAAAGAACAACAGAGGAAUCAAGCUCCACGUGUUUCUGUUCCAGGACAUUUUGGUGAUCACCCGGUCGGUUUCGCUGAACAACCAGCCGGUCAGCUACCAGCUCUGCCGCCAGCCAAUCCCCAUCCGCCAGCUGGACCUGGAGGACGUAUCGGACGGCGAGAUGAGAGUGGGCGGGUCCAUCAGAGGGGCCUUCAGCAACAACGAGCGAACCAAGAACUUCUUCCGGGUUUCGUGCCGGUCGGGAAGCCAGCUGCAGACGCACUGCUUCCAGGCGAGCGACGCCUUCAACAAGCAGCAGUGGAUCAACUGCAUCCGGCAGGCCAAAGAGGCGGCGGGAGAGCAAACUCCUCAGACGGAACGGCGUACAGAACCAGAACCAGAACCAGGAGAACCGACCGAUUCGAGCGAAGUUUCAGGAAUCAAAAACAAAACUUUGGCAAAGACAGAAGAUCUAAAUCUGGAAGAUGUUGGUUUAUUCUCAGAGAGCAUGAUGGCCGACAAUGAUGGGAUGUCAUCAGUAGAACCAGAGAUGGACAGUGAGACAGAGUCGACACCGGAACCAGAACCACUUGCAAACUGCAGGAUGGACCAGGAAGUAGAGACUUCAGAUGGGAAAGUAGUUCUGCAUGAAGAGGAGGAGGAGGAGGAAGUCGGCACGGACCCCGGAGACAACGAGGAAAUGAUCUGCAGAUGCUGACAGAAAAUAAACAGAACUGAAUUCAA